GCUUCACUUCAGUACUUCUUUAGCACUUGUUGAAUAAACAUUAGUUGUUGACGCCGGGAUUGUUGGAAUCGUUUAACGCCGGGAAAAGCUUAGUCUCACCAUGUUUUUUCUGGAUUUCUUUUGUAACAACAGAGAACCGACCAAGCCUGAAGAGAGUGAGAAGUGGCUGAGAGACCCACGAGAUGGAGCUGUCAUCAUAUCUCAGGUCUCCAGAUCAGGCCAGCGUCAAACCAUGCCAGCACGCGAAGGGAUUGGCAGCUUCGGCUCUGCGGUGGAUAUGGGGACCAGCUGCUUUGACAUCACCUUCAAACCCACUGAGGAGGUUACCCACUAUACUGUCUGGCCACAGGAUCAUGGACAGUUUGCCAGUUGUCCAGGACUCUUAUUGAGCAGUUCUGCGCUUAGUGUGCCUUGUCUAAAAGAGCCAGAAGUCCAAAAGCCAUAUAUUGUCAGAGAUCCAUGGACCUCAAUGCUUGCUUGCAUAUCUGCAGCUUCAUAUCACUUCCCAGUUGGAGCAGUUGUCGCAUUCUCUGCCAUCUUGAUUCCUCAACUCACUGCUGAAGACUCAGAGAUCAAAGUUACCAAAUCAGACACUUCAUGGAUAGCCAGUCUGGUGGUUCUGGUUGUACCAGUAGGUGCCCUCAUCACAGGUUACCUUGUCGACAAAAUCGGUCGCCUCAACACCAUCAAGGUGGGCGCCAUCCCGUAUAUGAUAGGCUGGGUACUCAUAGCCACAGCUCAAAACCUUCCCAUGCUGCUGGUCGGCAGGUUCCUUACUGGGUUUGCCAUGGCGAUGGGUCCUAGUCCAGCUGUGGUAUACAUCACAGAAGUAGCCAGAGCAGAUCUGCGAGGUGCUCUUAUUUGCACUGGACCAUCUAUGACAUCUCUAGGAAUGGUGGUGAUUUACGCCCAAGGAGCGUACCUUCACUGGCGGACCAUCGCCUGGAUGUCCAUCGCUUGGUGUCUUGUCCCAAUCCUGAUGAUGUCCCUGUGGUCACCUGAGAGUCCCAUCUGGCUCAUAUCCAAGGGCAGGACCCAGGACGCACUCAAGUCCUUGACCUACCUCUCCAGAAGGGAUAAGAAGGCUGGAGUGGCCGAGCAACAGCUUGCUGAACUAUUGAAGGAACACAAUGCCAAAAAAAGUCUGACGGAACAAAAAGGAUCCUCGUUUGGGAAGCUAGUUCGAGCUUUCUUGAGGCCCAAUGGGUACAAACCCUUGCUGCUGCUGGUGUCCAUCUUCACCUUUCAACAGUUCUCAGGAAUAUACAUCACCAUUUUCUAUGCUGUUAACUUUUUUAAGGAUGUGGGGGCAGAUAUUGAUCCGUAUGUGAGCACCGUAGCCAUUGGGGUAGUGCGGAUGUGUAUUGGACUCCUCACUUCCUUCUUGCUGCGCAGCUUCGGCCGCCGCCCCCUCUACAUGGUCAGUGGCACAGGCAUGGCUGUGUUCAUGUUCAUAUGUGGAUACAUCACCAGGGAGGUCUCUGAAGGUCGCAUGGAGAAGAGCUUCACCCCUGUGAUUUGCAUCUUGAUCUACAUGAGUUUGGGUGUGACGGGCCUCAUGAGUAUCCCCUGGACCAUGACAGCUGAGCUGUACCCUCUGGAGAUCCGAGGGAUGGCUCAAGGACUCACAAUCUCUCUGGCCCAUCUCAUCAUGUUUGCAGCUCUGAAGGUCUAUCCAUUUUUGGAGAACAUUUUGGGUGGCACUUACGCCACACAUUGGCUAUUCGCUGGAUCUUCAUUGGCCUCAGUGGUCUUCAUCUUCAUCUUCCUACCAGAAACCCACAAGAAACUAUUGUCCGACAUUCAGGAUUACUUCUUAAACAACACUGUAUACAUUCUCAGCAAGGACAAGCCGAGAGAAGUAAAACCCCCAACGGAUGAAGGGGUGGAAUUGACCAAGAUGAAAGAAAAUGUUUAAAGCUUACUUUUAUUUUGUGCCUUAUGAUCUGCCUUUAUAAUAAGUAUUUUGGAGCAGAAUUUAUUUGAUAAACAGUCAUUUGCGAAGAUUUGUAUGAUUGAUUUAAGUAACCAUUUUCAAACAGAAAUCGAUCACAUAUUUAUCUUAGUUAUCUGAUCAUGAUUGGAACAAAAUAAAUGUUAUAAGCUUAAUAAUUUUAUGUAAGACAUUAGAAUACAAUUUAAUCAUCUUUGUAUAUAAACCAUGAUCAUAUGUAAAUAAAUUCAUUUUCUUAAACCAAUUAGUUUAUUUCAAUCAGUUUAUAAUAGGUGAGUGUGAUGUUUCAACUGUGUGUAAACUAUUUUGUGCUGUUUUCAGGAGUUUAUAUGAUGACAUUUAUUCUACUGAUUCAAUUUUAUAGUGAUUACCGCCAUUACCGGUUAUUUUUACCAUGAUAUUGUGAUAACUCAAUGCUACCUCAAGUUUUAAGAGAGCAGUUUAGUAUGUAUUACUAAAGGUAAAGUCUUAAGUUUUAAAAAUAAAUAGGAAUACUUUUAAAUAUUGAUUAGAUAAAAAAUUGAAUGGAACAAAUUGUAUAACUGUUAUGUGUCUGUAUCUACACUUCAAAUGACCUGAGAAAAAUGCCUUUAUAAAUAAAUAUACUUGUUAUAACCAUAAACAGUAAACCAAAUCCUUGUUUUGUAAUCAAGAAGAAAUAAUUUUAGACUCUGGUAGGGAUUAAGAAAUUAAUAAUGAUUAUUACACAUAUUAAACUAAGCUCCAACUAUUUUAUUUUAUUUUUUGUAACACUAAGUAACAACAUUAAAUUUUGUUAAACUCUCUAAGCGUUCAAACACCACUGUGUGACUCUAAAAUUCAUUAAUCUAUAAAUACAUUCCAUCUUAUUCAGCUGCCGUUUUCUUAUUUAUAAUGUGCUGAACAUUGAUUGUUAACUGAAUAUUGUAAAUGCAUAGGCUUAAUAACUAAAAAGAACAUGAAUUAAUUAGGCCACCUAAAUUUUUAGGUUUAUUUAAUGUGUAAACCUAAAUAUGUGUCAAGCAUAUAUUAUAUUCUCUUAGAAGUUAAUCGUAAUGAAAACUAAAUUUUUUAUGAUUUUAAAUUAAAAUUUAGAAGAGAAACUGUGAUUGCUAUUUUGUACUUGCAGGAAUGAAAACCUAAAACAAUAUAUUAUUUAGAUAGGUGCCAAUUAUUUUUUAUUUUGUAAGUUUAUUACCCUAAAUAAUAUUUGGUGCUAACUGCCAACAGUAUUAAUAUUGUGAAUUAAAUAUGUUUGUUAAUAAAAUAGAUUUAUUGUUCA